UCAACGGCACCCAGCCCAUCUCGUCAUGGCGGGCCGCGCGUUCAAGCCCAAGCUCGCGCCUUCGCGUACGCCGCACAGCUUCUAUCCCAGCUCACGAUAUGCGAGCUUCGUCAAGACCGUCUUCUCGCAAAACGCCAUCUUUUUGUUCGCCGCUUUGUUCCAGCUCCUCGUCUGCGUCCUCCUCCCCGACGGCUUUGCCAUCGUCCCCGCCGCCGUCCUCCUGCUUGGCUAUGUGCUCUCCUCGCUCUUACACCUCCUUUCCCAGCACCAUUCCACGCUCUUGGCUUGGUCCCCUCCCAGCCCGUACACGGAGCACGUCGUCCCCGGCCGCGCCACCGCGCAGUUCCCCUCCUGCUCCUCCUCCGGCGGCCGCGCAGUCUUCGCCUCGGAUACUCCGGCGUCGCAGGGCCUCGUCGUCUUCAACCUCGGCGUGCAGACCAACCACCCGCUCGGCUGGCUCUGCCCGGGCGGGCGCGAGACGUCGGAACACUUCCUCGCCAUGCACGCUGAGCUGCUGAGGGACCGUGGCGGCGACAGCAGCCAGCACGGUCUCAUCGCCGGCAACACGUGGCGCGGUAACGCGGGCAACAACGCGAGCACCAUCCUCGUCACCUACUACUUCCGCGACGUGCGCGCGCUGCACCGCUUCGCCCACGGGCCGCUGCACCGCGCCGCCUGGGACUGGUACGGGCAGGGCCGGCGGUACCCGCACAUUGGCGUCUACCACGAGACGUUUGAGGUGGCGCCGCGCUCGUACGAGACUGUCUACGUGAACUGCUCGCCCAUCGGCCUGGGGGCCGGCUCGGUUCGUUGUGGUGGUGGUGAAGGCAGCGGCGGCGGCGACAGCGGCGGCGGAGGGGUGCCGACCGACGACCACAAGGGCGGGGAGGAGGAGCGCUGGGUGAAUACGCUGGUGAGCGCAGAUGUGCCGGCGCUGAAGACGCAGAUGGCGAGGAUGGGGCGUGAUGAGCAGGGGAAUGAGCUACGGUAG